UCGACCUCAGUUGAUGCCCCCACGUUCCUGCCUAUCAGCCUAUGCCUAACAUAAAUCAGCAGCUCGCCUUGCUUCCCCUUCGCUAGCCGUCUUAUCCAUCCAUCGAGCCGCAGUCGAGCUGCAGCUGAACCAUGGCCGCCGCCAUGGUGCUGCCGCCGCUGCUUCUUCUCCUCACCAUCAGCCAGUUCCUGCCUCCCGCGUCCUGCUCUCCUCCUUCCAACUACUACUGCGACUGGUGCCCUCGCCAAUCCACCGCCUCUCUCCCCCCUCCGGCCGCCGCCGACCUCGGCGGUACACUCGGCGGCGAGGGUGCCUGUGGGUACGGUACCGCCAUAGCUGCGGAGCUCUUUGGAGGAUACGCCGUCGCCGCCGCGGGCGCCGAGUUCUUCCGCGACGGUGCCGGCUGCGGCGCCUGCUACCAGUUGCGGUGCAGGGACCGGCGGGUGUGCGGCGACGGCGGCGUCAAGGUCGUCGUCACGGACGUCGCCAACCGCACCGGGUUCCUGCUCGCCGGGGAGGCCUUCGCCGCGAUGGCCAAGGACGGCAUGGCCGACCAAAUCGCCGGCUCGGAUAACGUCGUCCCGGUGGACUUCAGGAGGAUACCUUGCGAGUACAAGAGGAACCUGGUGGUACGGGUUGAGGAGGGGAGCCGGAACCCGGGCCAGCUCGCCGUCCGGUUCCUGUACCAGGGCGGCCAGACCGACAUCGCCGCCGUCGAGAUCGCGCAGGCGAACCGCACCCAGUUGGCGUCGUCGUGGCAGCCCAUGGCGCGGCUGCGUCGCGUGUGGCGCGCCACGCGCGCCCCGGCCGGCCCGCUGCGGCUCCGCCUCGUCGUCACGGCCGGCUUCGGCGGCAAGUGGCUGCAGGCCCAGGAGGCGGUGCUGCCGGCGGACUGGCGGCCCGGGCAGGCGUACGACACGGGGCUCCGGGUCACCGACGUCGCCCUGCGCACCUGCAGCAGCUCCUGCCGCACGCACGCCGGCGAUGAGGAGCUCAGAUAGUCAGAUGACAUGUUGGCACGCACGCUUGUUGCACAUAUUUUUUUUUUGGGCGUGCGGUUGCAUGUAAUUUGCUCGAAUUGUGAUGAAGAGUUGGUUCCUGAAGAGAAUCGAAGAGAGAAACAGAACAGAAAACCUGUGGCUGAUGAUCCAAGCAAGGCUGCACUGCACGAACCAAUGCAAGCAGGCAUGCUAGGUGCGCUGCACUAGUGCAGUGAUAGGUGAUGCUCCAUGAAUUUCCUUGCUGCCGGCCGAUCUCACAAAUAUGAUGAUAUAUGUUUGUGGCUUUGGAUGGAUGCACAAGAUUCAUGCAUGCACUGUCACAGCAUGCUUCUCUUCUCUGACGGUCAUGGUGAGGUUGUCAUGUAGCGUCACGUGCUGUAUGCCGUACGUGGCAGCCACCGAUAGAAUUCUUCCUCCUCUUGUAGGGGGUUUGGAGAUCACAUGAGCAUGUUACUGCAGUGUUUACGGCCAAGUAUGUAGGGUACUGUACGCCGCGGUGUCGCUUUCCAACA